GGCAGCGGAGAACGGGCCCUGCUGCGCUCAGGUGAGCGGCGGCUGCUCGCAAACCCCCCCUCCUCCCGAUCCAACAAGAUGUCUGGUCCCAGCCCUCAAGGUCACAACUGGAGCCAGAAGUCAGAAGACGAGGAGGAUCCCUUGGAUCAAAUGAUCUUGCGCACUGGCUGUGCCACUUUCCAUUAUGCGGUGCAGGAGUGCAUGGCUGAACACCAGGACUGGAGGAAGUGUCAGCAGCAGGUACAGGCCUUCAAGGACUGCAUGAAGGAACAUCAGAAGCAACGAAUGGAGGAACUGCAGAAGAAGCAAAGGUUAGCCCAGGCCAAGAGCUGAUAGAAAAGACUCAAGCUUGAAGCUCAAGGGAUCCAAGUCUAACUCAGCCAGAGCAUGGAGAAUUUAACUGCUGAGAAGUAUCCUGCUGAAUCAAAGAGAGAGAAAACCUACUCCCUCUUGGGACUUGGCACGUACAUUAAGGGGACUGAUCAUAGUAAUCAGGAUGGGGUUGGCUUUGCUGAUGAUGUGUCACUGAAUAUUUUUUUUACAGUGGAAAUAUCAGGUAAAAAUUUAUUUUAAAUUUUCAGGUGAAAAAAUAAAUG